UCCUACUGUUCCCGUGUAUCUUCCUAGCUGGGAUGCCGCCGGAUGUACAGAGCGAUUCCUGCCCGUUCCGAUGCGCCAAUGGCAAAUGUACCGACCGCUCCAGCCUCUGCAUCUUCGACAGAGACAUCUACGGUUCUCCGCGGUAUUGCAGGGACCUGACACAUUUGAGAUACUGUGAACGGUUCCAGUGUCCCGGGAUGUUCAAAUGCGAGCGCAGUUACUGCAUUCCACUGCGCAUGGUCUGUGACGGGUCACGUGACUGCCCUGGUGGGGAGGACGAGUUUUCAUGCGAAAGCUUCAGCUGUCCCGGACACUACAGAUGUAAGGCUGAUGGUGUCUGCAUCCUCCAGACACAGCGGUGUGACGACAUCGUCCACUGCCCAACUUUCAUGGACGAUGAGAAAUACUGUGACGGUUACCGGUGUCCUGAUGGCUGCAGGUGCGAGAAAGGUGCAGUUUUCUGUGAGGGGUCCGGCUACCGACAAGUUCCAAAUAUGGACCCACAGAUUCGAGCACUCUUCCUGUCUGGUAACUUCAUUGAACUGAAAAGGGCAUCGUUCCAAGCCUUCACCAUGCUGGGCAAACUGGAUCUGAGCAGUAACUCAAUAUCAAACUUGCCCAAGGGAUGCUUUGAGGGACUGCAGAAUGUUUAUGAACUUGACUUGAGGAAGAAUCGACUGGAACGGCUGGAAAAGAACGCGUUCGAUGGACUGACGACCCUGACCAAACUGUACCUUGAUGGGAACCCGUUGAAAGAGAUCAAACCUGGAGCUUUUGCUGGACUGAACAAGAUCAAAAGCCUUAACUUGAGUUCAAUGAACAUCCAAGUACUAGGAAAGUCAACAUUUAUUGGACUUAAGGGACUAAAAGAAUUGUAUCUGCAAAACAACAAGAUUAUGUCGGUUACUCCUGGAACAUUUGCUGACCUGAGAACGCUCCAUACCUUGUACUUGGAUGGUAACAAUGUGCAGGCCCUUGACGCCACAGUUUUUGAAAGUUUGGGUGUCCUCCAAGAAUUAUAUACGGACUCCUUCAAAAUCUGCUGUAUGGCCACCCAUGUGCCUGUCUGCUUACCGGCUGGUGACGAGUUUUCUUCCUGUAACAACCUACUUGACGACACCAUCCUGAGCCCUGUCCUCUGGAUUCUCGGACUUACGUCUUUCUUUGGAAACGCUUUCGUCAUCAUCUGGUGUCUCCGCACCAAAGAGAAGAGUAGGAUCGUCUCUUUUCUGGUUCUGAACCUCGCCAUCGCGGAUUAUCUAAUGGGCGUAUAUAUGCUCAUUAUUGCCGCAGUAGACAUUUACUAUCGCGGACAAUAUAUAAAUUAUGACGACUAUUGGCGAUACAGCAGCUUGUGCCAAUUCGCUGGUUUCCUGUAUAUCGUUUCCGUCGAGAUGUCCCUGUACGCUCUUACCAUUAUAACUAUCGACAGAGUCAUCAGCGUGUACUGUGCCAAGCACCUUCGAGUGAGAUCUGCCUGUCUGAUCAACGGGCUUGGGUGGCUGAUCGCUGGCGUGCUCGCCAUCCUUCCAGUGUUGGGAUUACCGUACUUCAAGGGAGAGUUCUACGGGCGAACAGGCGUGUGUCUGCCGAUCCGCCUCACAAACAUGUUCGGUACAGGAUGGCAGUACGUAGUUACCAUCUUCGUGGCAGUUGAUUGCGUGCUGGUACUCAUCCUGAUGGCCUGUAUGAUGACUCUCCUCGUGGCAACGCGAUGGAAGGAGAAGCUGACGGCUACAGCUGGAGAAAAGAUUGCCUAUGAGCUCUCCACAGCCUAUCGUCUCACAUGGAUCAUCGUGCCAGACCUAUUCACGUGGACACUGUUUACAGUACUCGGUAUCUCUUCCCUCUGCGGCAUUCAGAUCCUUCCCUCCCUCUCCGCGUGGACAAUAAUGUUCGUCUUACCAAUCAACGCCGCAAUGAACCCUUUCCUGUACCUCGUCUCGUUCCUGAGGAUGAAAACACGCAAGACGCACCACAUAUCAAAGUUCCUGUGCAACAACCAGGGCUUUACUGUGGAGCUGCCAAAACACAACAACGACAAUGGUUUGAUGGUCGGUACCGAAAUGUCUGAUCUGAAAGUGCCGACCACUUUCAUAAGCGACUCGAACCAACCCACAUCGGAGCUGCGUGAGUUCAUACAGACCGUGGACUCGGAGCCCUGCAAUCCGCCCCCGCGGGUGGUGCGCGUGGUGGCCGACCUCGGGAGCCAGGCAGCCCUUGGGGGUCUCUCCACCAUCGAACGGCAACGGCUACCUGAGAUAACGACUUUUGCUGGGCAGAGAACCGAGGUUGAUCAUUCAAAGGAGCGUGUAACGACGGAGAUGCGUGUGCUGAAGAAGAUAAGCAAUCUUGGCGGUCACCCUAAUAUCGUCAGACAGCUCAUCAAGAUGAACGAGAACGGCAGCCAUAUAACAUGGAUCCUGUACACGGAGAACGACCACGACCGGCUCCAGGACAUCGCCCCUCAGCUGACCAUGGACGAGGUGCAGACCAUCUCACACCAGAUCUCAUACGCGCUCAACUUCCUGCAUGAGAACAAUAUACGCUUAAAUGGAAUCUCACUGGACAACAUUCUGGUGGAAAGGAAACCCGAACUACGUGCCAUCAUCUCGGACUUCUCCAACGCAGAAGAAAUGAGUUCUUUCCGAAUGUCAGACAACGACAUCGCAAAGGAUAUCAAAGACUGGGAGGAAAUCAGAAGCACUCUUGUAUAGAUCACUUCAGUUUUGUGUAUAGAUCCUUCCACAAAAUUCACUUCUUAUACACAAUUUGAACAAUGUGCUGUCUAUAAACAUAAAUCGAUAGACCUAGAUUUUGGCGCCAUGGCGCGUACUAUGUGGUUAAUACUGUAAAGUGAAUGUACGUUCCAUGCAUUGCAGCCAACCAAUGGCUUGGCUGCCUUCUAAAACGAAUCUUAGUUCCAGAGGAUACUGCUACUGAUUACGUUCGAAUGAUAACCGGCUUUACAUGUAUUUAUAUGUGCCUGGACGCUCGCACAAAUUCAAUAGAUUUCUAAACAUCCAAAGAACACGCACCACGUGGUGGAACCAUUUUUUUCUUCUUAAAAGCUGUGGUCCAAGAAAUUGUUCUUAGAUGAUGUCGGCUGCUACCUGAUUUAUUCUAUAGAGACAAUAUUCUAUUUGAGAAAAUAUUCACACCGACUUUAGAUGACACUACCUGAUUUAUUCUAUAGAGACAAUAUUCUAUUUGAGAAAAUAUUCACACCGACUUUGAAUGACAAAGAUAGGUGUCCAGUCAUCGUGAGACAAUGACCUUGCCUCCACACAAUCAGAUUCUAUAUGCUGGAGACGACCAUAGAUAUUGCGCUUCUUGUAACUCUACAUAGCCGCAUGCUGCUCCUUAGCUUGUGGAAGUGGUGCGACCGUUUGUACAGCAUGUAAAUGUGUCAUGAUGAUAUUCAUUGUACCGUCUGUACAGUUUUAAGUGCCUCCUGCUAUAAAUCAAAAGCUAUCGUAAAGUGUUCUAUGUAGGCAGUUCGCACCGUACUUACUAACGUCCACGCAUUGGAAUUGUAAAUAAGUCUGCUCACCUCCAAAAGAGAUUUAACUAUUCACCGCACUCAGGCUUCCAACGUUGUAAAUAGCUGUAGAUCUACCUUGUAUUAAAGAAAGCUGUUACUUUGA